UUGAUUUUUACAGAUGACCUAUCGGUACAACCGGGUCCACGGCAAGCACGUGCAGUGGCAUUCGCAGGAGGAUCAAUAAUCGAUCGUGAAGAGCAAGAUUUCCCAUCGGGAACUGUUUGCGACAGGGAAAGCAGAGAAAGUCGCAUAGAGAAGUUUUGCUGCAAUUGUGCCCUAUUCGAGACGAUGGCAGAUGCAUUUUAUGAACUGAGCAGUUCACCAUCGUUCGGCUACACUGCAGCGGGUAGCAUCGCUAGCUUGACUCAAAAACGAGCGCAAAAUCGAUUCGAUCAAUCGUUCGAGGUGUUCGUUUCGCAGGACAAUUUUGCAAUAGCUUCGUAUGGAGUUGGUGAUGAGAUUUGUAAGUAUCGUGAGCGAGGAUUCGUCGCUUUGGCCUAUGCUACACCUGUCCAGUACGACAUCUCUCGUACUGAAGACGAAGAAUACUUCUCGUCGAUAUCAUCACGUGAUAAUCUUGGAGCUACUGAAACGUCUUUGCCAGGGCAGCGAUCAAAAUGCUGCAGCCUUCCACUGUUUGAAGUGAUGCAGUCCUCAUACCUUUCGGUAAUCGAGAGGCCCGAUUUCGACCCUUACAAUACAAGAUUUCUAGCUAGGACGAUGCAGUACGCUAUAGAGGAACGACUCCAGUUGAGUUUUGAAAUCGUUGUGUCAACUGACGACUUCGCAAUGGCUCACUCCUACUUGGGAGAUAAUGUAUGCAAAUUCCGUAUAGAUCGCUAUCACAUUCUGGCAUACGCCAAUCCAGUGCAGUAUCCAAUACACACCAACUUCUACGAAGACAGUGGGCCUGCAGUUCCGCUCGAUUGCCCUCUGGAGCUGACAGCUGUAAGUGGUAAGCUGUAG